AUGGAGGUGAAUCCCCCCAAACAGGAGCACCUGCUGACGCUGAACGUGACGAGGCUGACUAAGCCUACUUUAUUCGCCAAUAUUCCAGGAACCUGUGAAGAGAAAGACUUACCUGGAGAUCUCUUGAACCAACUGAUGAGAGAUGACCCUUCAACUGUACACGGAGCCGAAAUCUUCACGUUGGGAGAAAUGUUGGCACUACCACCAAAUUUCGGGAAUGUACUUUUGGGAGAGACAUUUUCCAGUUAUGUCGGUGCUCACAAUGACAGCGAUCAAGUUGUAAAAGAUAUAUUGGUCAAAGCUGAUCUUCAGACAAGUUCUCAGCGUUUAAGUCUUUGGGCCUCCAGCGCUGCAGUGGCUGAACUGAAACCCGAUUGUUGUGUUGAUGCUGUCAUACACCAUGAAGUGAAGGAAGUUGGAGCACACAACUUGGUAUGUGCUGUCAGUUAUACAACACAAGGUGGAGAAAACAGGUCUUUUAGAAAACUCUUCAAAUUUCAGGCUCUCACACCAUUGGACGUGAAAACUAAAUUGUACAAUGCAGAGACUGAUGAAGUAUUUCUCGAAGCCCAGAUUCAGAAUAUUACAACCUCCCCCAUGUUUAUGGAGAAAGUUUCAUUGGAGCCAUCUGUCAUGUAUAAUGUAACAGAAUUAAAUUCAGUCAACAAAGCUGGAGAAUGUGUAUCGACGUUCGGGUCAAGAGCCUAUUUGCAGCCAAUGGAUACACGCCAGUAUUUAUAUUGUCUAAAGCCCAAGAAGGAGUUUGCAGAAAAAGCUGGCAUUAUCAAGGGUGUUACAGUAAUUGGAAAAUUGGAUAUAGUAUGGAAAACAAAUCUGGGAGAAAGAGGAAGGUUACAGACCAGCCAGCUUCCAAGAAUGGCUCCAGGUUACGGAGACGUUAGGUUGUCUUUGGAGGCGAUCCCAGAUACUGUAAACCUAGAAGAGCCUUUUCAUGUCACCUGUAAAAUUACAAACUGCAGUGAAAGGACUAUGGAUCUGGUUCUGGAGAUGUGCAAUACCAAUUCGAUCCACUGGUGCGGUGUUUCCGGAAGACAGCUUGGAAAGCUGCGUCCGAGUUCCUCUCUCUGCCUUGCUCUUCCUCUGCUGUCUUCAGUCCAGGGACUGCAAAGUGUCUCCGGCUUACGACUAACGGACACAUUCUUAGAGAGAACAUAUGAAUAUGACGACAUUGCACAAGUCUGCGUGGUAUCUUCGACUGUUAAUGUGGAAACCUGAAGGAAAUUUCCAGUGUUAUGCUUUUCGUUUAGUUGCACAUAACUGCUUUCUGUAUUUUUGUCAUCUUUGUAAAAUAAGUCAACAGCGAAAAGAAAUAUAUAUUCUUCAAAUUUUUUCCUGGAAAACAGUUAAAAUAUUAAAUGUUUGUUUUG